AUGGAACAUUGUGAGAAGAGAGAAAAGGUGAUGAACCAAAGCAGCAUGCAUGAUUGUCCCAAAUCAGGGCCUGGCUAUGCUUCUCCACUGGCAGCCAUGUCAGGUCCCAGAGAGACUCUCCUUUAUGUCACUGCUAUCUACUCAGGAACAGGAAGGGAGAAUCCUGACUUUCUAGCCACAGUAGAUGUAGAUCCAAGCUCUCCAAUGUAUUCAAAAGUUAUCCAUAGGCUACCGGUACCCUAUCUAGGUGAUGAACUGCACCAUUUUGGGUGGAAUUCAUGCAGCUCUUGCUAUGGAGAUCCAUCAGCAAUUCGGCGUUUUCUGAUUUUACCUUCACUAGUAUCAGGCCGCAUUUAUGUGAUUGACACAGAAAUAGCUCCAAGGUGUCCAUCUUUGCACAAAAUUGUUGAGCCUGAAGACAUCAUAAGUAAAACUGGAUUAGCUUAUGCACACACAUCUCAUUGCCUUGCUUCUGGUGAUGUAAUGAUCUCAUUUCUUGGAGAUAAGGAUGGAAAUGCAGCAGGAAGUGGAUUUCUUCUUCUCGAUCCAGAAUUUAAUGUGAAAGGAAGGUGGGAGAAACCUGGGCACAGUCCGUUAUUUGGGUAUGACUUCUGGUACCAACCACAGCAUAAGACUAUGAUUAGCUCAUCAUGGGGUGCUCCUGCUGCUUUCACCAAAGGUUUUAACUUGCAGCAUGUCUCUGAUGGCCUUUAUGGGAGACAUCUACAUGUAUACAACUGGCCUGGGGGUGAGCUGAGACAAACAUUGGACCUUGGUCAGUCAGGGCUUCUACCCUUGGAGGUAAGGUUUCUGCACGAUCCUUCUAAAGAUACAGGUUUCGUUGGAUGUGCAUUGUCAAGUAACAUGGUACGGUUUUUCAAGACUGAGGAUGAGUCAUGUAGCCAUGAGGUUGCAAUAUCAGUGAAGCCAUUGAAAGUGCAAAACUGGGUUCUUCCAGAAAUGCCCGGGCUUAUAACUGAUUUUCUGAUAUCUCUUGAUGAUCGGUUUCUGUACUUUGUGAAUUGGCUACAUGGUGAUAUAAGACAAUAUAACAUCGAGGACCCUCAAAAUCCUGUACUGACUAGCCAAGUGUGGGUUGGGGGGCUACUUCAGAAAGGAAGCCCUGUAGUAGCUGUAACAGAAGAUGGUAAUACUUGGCAAUCUGAUGUUCCAGACAUUAAGGGAAAUAAGUUGAGAGGAGGCCCUCAAAUGAUUCAAUUGAGUUUGGACGGGAAGCGUCUAUAUGUUACAAACUCACUCUUUAGUGCAUGGGAUAAACAAUUUUAUCCAGAGCUUGUAGAGAAAGGAUCCCACAUGUUGCAGAUUGAUGUUGAUACCGAAAAUGGUGGUCUGAAAAUUAACCCCAACUUCUUUGUUGACUUUGGAGAUGAGCCUGGAGGUCCCUGCCUUGCCCAUGAGAUGAGAUAUCCUGGUGGUGACUGCACUUCAGACAUAUGGAUUUAA